AUGGCAUUAUCCGAAGAUACGUUGUCGAAAUGCUCAGAACACAUGAGUGCUUACAAAUCCGCUUGUGAAGACCACCCAGAACUCAAAGCCUUUGAUUCUUCGCUUCAGCAUAAAAGCAUCAAAAUGAUAGACUCACUUAGCCCGGACCCCAAGACUGGAUUGUUGUCCCAACAUGCCGUACACAUGGAGAUCUCCAAGAACCUACUAGAAGUUAGCCAAGGUGUGGCAAACUUCAUUCUUGAAGGCGAAAACGAUGUGUGGGAGAACAAAGCUCUAAGAUCUUUGGUCCAAGCCUAUUUCGACAAUACUAUCAAGACUUUAGAGAUUUUCGAUAAUGUAAUGGAUUACGUGGAGAAAGCAGAAAUGGGCCAACUUUACAUUCAAGAAGCCGUGGCGCAGUUUGACAAAGAGUCGGCAGAAAAGGAUCUUGGUGGAAAAAAGAAGAGGUAUGAAAAAACCUUGAAGAAUCUGAACAAGUUCAAAGCCAUGGGAGAUACUUUCGAUGGCGGCGAGCUCAUGAUUCAGUUCGACUUGAUCAAAAAGCAGCAAGAAUCCCUUCUUCAGGAUGUGAGUGAAGCUAAAACAAAGCUUCAUGAGGAAUAUGAUAACCUAAAAGCAGGGAGUAUGAUUUCAAAUGUGGUUUUCGGCGCUGCAUUUUUCGGUACUUUGAUUGUCUCGGUAGGUCUACUGAUAACAGGCGUGGGUAUACCUUUUGCCAUUGCGGGGUUUCUAUCGUUACCAGUGAUGGCGGUGGGAUGGUCAGUCACCCACUUUCUCUUGGAGAAACGGAUGGAUGAACUGAAGAAACUGGAAGAAACUCUGACGAAAGUGCAAGGAGUAUCAUCACUAGUGGGUAUUGGCAUAGAAACCAACAAAGAAGCGAUGAAGAGUGUAUCUGAAAUAGCCCACCAGCUAGAGAAAAAGAUCGCGUCCAUUAUGAAAUAUGUGGAUGAUGUGAUUGAGAAUGAAGGAGAUGAGGUGGAUAUGAAACUUGCCCUUCACUUAAUCAGGGAGAAAGUAAUGAAACUAACAGAGAAAAUCAAGGAGGUUGGUGAAACUGUGGCUAGUCAUAGCAAACUAAUCCUUGAGGCGAGAUUUCACGUUCUCGAAAAGAUCAACGGUUCUGGAAAAUAUCAUCGUGGUUAAACGUUAUUGAUAUUUGUUGUUCAUGAGUCACUCAUGAGUUCCCAUAUUUUCUAUGUUUCAAUAAUUGGGUUUACAAACCCAUAUUGCACCUUUCUAUUUUGCUUUGUAACGUGAACCAUCCGAGAAGAUUGGUUGAUUUGUACCUUUUUAUUUU